AUGAUUUCCAUUAUUCAGAACUGCCGCACGAUAGAAACAUUGUUACUUGGAGUUUAUAAUUUAGAACUGGUGGACAAAGAUGGCCAGCCCAAAGCUGUGUCAUUUCGUUUACCUUCUCUUGCAAUGAUGUCCAUUUAUCAUGAACCAUCUAGUUUAGCACCAGCAUCACUAACGGAAAGUGCAGUGCGGCGUUUUGAAGAAUGCAAUACAAAGCUUGUCAGUUGGGGUCCUUUGAAACACGUUGAAUCGUUAAAUGCUCAGAACAGGCUGAAAGUAAUGACAGCAUUGUUGUUUGUUUUUAAUCAACACAUAGGGUUUUUGAAAAAAUCAGCUAUGGAGCCAUUUUGUAAAGUUGCCUCCAAACUUGUUACACAAGGCUUCAUGAAACCGGGACAUCACCAACGAACUUCUUAUGGUAGUGAUUCCAGUUUUGUCCCUAGGCUUUUACCACGAAUACCAGUAUCCAGUCAAUUUCUUCUCGAGUUCCUCCAUGCAAUUUAUUUCGCCAUGUACAAUAAUUGUUGGUACAUUGCAAGUCAAGCUGUUGAAGAUAUUCACAAUAGGGCAUGUUACGAAACAUAUCCAGAAGUUAUGCUAGUCACAAAUGCCAUACGUAAUUCUAGUAGCUCAGGUCCAGCAGUCCACUUGUUUCAAGAGUUUAUUUUAUUAAGGUAA